AUGAUCAAGUCCACUCCCAAAGUCAGAGGUGGUGGGAACUUGAACAGGUGGACCCCCUUGAACCGGAGUGAGAGAGGACACUGCCCUUCACAGACGGUGAAGAAGCUGCUGGAGGAACAGAGGCGUCGCCAGCAGCAGCCUGCUUCCUUGGGGGUGCAGGGACAGUUCCCACCGUCUCAGACUCUGGCCCAGCCCCUGACAGUGCCUCUGACUGCUGGGGAGCCUGGUCAUACUCACUUCCCAGCGCACCACGAGACAGUAGGUCCUGGACCUGGCAAUCUGGCACCCCCCACAGCUUUUCCAGACUGGGACCCCAAUACACACACUGUCUACACAGACGGCUCUUUCUCCUACCCGGCUUCUGGGGCUGAAGGUUUUCUCACACCUGCGUUCUACCCUACCUCGGGCCCAGGGCGGCCUUGUCCAUUUAUUUCUGGAAUGGAGGCAGGAUCCUGGAGAGGUUCUGGACCCCCCACAGAACCCCCACAGCUGCCCCCCAUGGUGACGGGUCCGUCCCUGGACACAGCCCGUGCUCACAUGCUGGCUUUGGGGCCCCAGCAGCUCCUUUCCCAGGAUGAAGAGGGAGACACGCUCUUGCAUCUGUUGGCAGCCAAGGGCCUGCGCUGGGCCGCCUAUGCUGCUGCAGAGAUUCUGCAAGUAUACAGGCAUCUGGACAUCCGUGAGCAUAAGGGCAAGACCCCUCUUCUAGUGGCCGCCGCUGCCAACCAGCCUCUAAUCGUGGAGGAUUUGCUGAACCUGGGGGCCGAGCCCAAUGCCACUGAUCACCAGGGACGUUCUAUCUUGCAUGUGGCUGCCACAUAUGGGCUUCCAGGAGUCCUCACGGCCGUGUUCAAUUCAGGGGCCCGGGUGGACCUAGAAGCCAGAGACUUUGAGGGCCUCACUCCCCUUCACUCUGCCAUCCUAGCUCUCAAUGUUGCCAUGAACCCCCCAGCCCUGUGUCCAAGGAUGCAGAAUAGCCAGGCCCAGGACCGGCUGGCUUGUGUCCAGAUGUUGCUGCAUAUGGGAGCUGAUCACACCAGCCAGGAAAUCAAGAGCAAUAAGACAGUUCUUCACUUGGCUGUGCAGGCCGCCAACCCUACCCUGGUUCAGCUACUCCUGGAGCUGCCUCGGGGUGACCUGCGGGCCUUUGUCAACAUGAAGGCCCAUGGGAACACAGCCCUUCACAUGGCGGCGGCCCUGCCACCUGGGCCAGCUCAGGAGGCCAUAGUGCGGCGCCUGCUGGCAGCGGGGGCAGACCCCACCUUGAGAAACCUGGAGAAUGAGCAGCCCAUUCACCUGCUUCGGCCCGGCCCGGGCCCCGAGGGGCUCCGGCAGUUACUGAAGAGGAGCCGCGUGGCACCCCCAGGCCUGUCCUCUUAGGACGCAAACCCAGACCCUGGACUGAUUUUCCAGUCCCCACCGUCCCGUGGGACAGCCAGCGUAUGCUAAUGUUGCAGAUCUGUGAUAACGUAUGUGGAAUGUCCAGCCAUGGGGGUCUUACAUUAAAACCCCAAAAUGGCUGUGGGGGAGACAGUCCCCAAUAUUUGGGGGCAGUGAUGCCCCUCCCCCACCCACCAGGAGCCCCUUAAUGAUUUCUGUGAAAUCAAGGCCCCUUGGUUGUUUCUGUGAAACACCCUUUCCCUCCCGGGAUCUUUGGAGUUCCUCUUCGAACUC